AUGUCUGAUCUCGAACUAUCCUACAUCGGUGCCCCACCACCAACCCUUCCUUCUGCCAACAUCUUCGACUUCAUCUUCUCGAAUCCACUGAGAAAGAAUGGCCCAGUCUCCGACCAUGCUCCUGAUACUCAAAGUCGCAACCAUGUCAUUUCCAACAUAGCUCCUCACAAGCCUCUGCUUGUAGAUCCUCUCACCGGUGGGUAA